AUGCUCAGUCGUCUGAAUCUUGUCGCGCGCCACGUCCCACGCCCACUCGGUCCCCGCCCAGUCCCCGCGCUUUCGACUCCGUCCCUGAUCCCAUGUCCCGGUCUGUCCACGAUGACAUCAGCGCACGCGAAACCCAUCCACACGGCCGCGUGCCUCAUAAUUGGUGACGAGGUGCUUGGUGGGAAGACCAUCGACACCAACUCGCCGUUUCUGGCCAAAUUCUGUUUCUCGCUCGGUAUCCAGCUGAAGCGUGUCGAGGUCAUCCCGGACGAUGAAGAGGACAUCAUUGAGGCGGUGCGCCGCAUGAGCGCGAGAUACGACUUUGUCGUGACCAGCGGCGGCAUUGGACCAACACACGACGACAUCACAUACCAAUCAAUCGCCAAAGCCUUCGGCCUAAAACUCAAACUACACCAAAAGGCCUUCGAGCGGAUGAAACUACUCUCACGCCCCCACCCCAUGCAACCCAACUUCGACUGGGAGACCCCGUCGCCCGGCCUUACGGCCAAGCUGCGCAUGGUCGAGCUCCCCUACGACGAAACCAUUCCGCUCGAGCAGCAGGCCGUCUUCGUCGCCGAGGACAUGUGGGUGCCGAUCUCCGUCGCCAACGGCAACGUGCACAUCCUGCCGGGCGUGCCGCGUCUCUUUGAGCGUCUGCUCGAGCACCUCAAGCCGCACUUGAUCCCACGGCUCACUGACCCGGAGGGUAAGGGCACAUUCCGUUUCUUGAUCAGCACCCCGCUGCCUGAGAGUGCUGUGGCGCCGUUCUUGACGGAGCUGGCGGCCAAGGCGGAGCCAUUAGGUGUUAAGGUUGGCAGCUAUCCGCGCUGGGGGAAGAAGCGGAAUACGGUGACUCUGGUUGGGGCUAAUAAGGCUUUUAUGGAGUCUUUGAUCCCGGAGGUCGAGGCUGGCGUGCAGGGGACGCUGGUUGCGCAUGAGGAUGAGCUGGAUCCGGCGUCGGACUCGGAGCAUGUCUAUAGCCAGUAG